GCUGCUCCUGGUUCUCAUGAUUCUCACCCUUCUUAUGGUAUGUCUCUUUUAAAUCAACGUGAUGAUCUUUCAUCUGUUCGUCCAGGUGGUACAAAGGCCCCCGGCAGUACGAUGGAAAUUCAAGGUGUUAAUGGUUUGCCUGGUGCAGAUAUUAAGAAUGGGAAUCGUCCUGUUGUGACCAAUAGUGUUACUAAAGGUGAAAGCGGUGUUUUGAACAGGAACGAGAUGGAUGGAGAGCAGAAGGUGAUGGAACAAAAGCUAGGUAACACAUUAGAAGUUCAAAGGACUUUGAACGCGAGUAAACCGGGAACUGUCCUGUCUUCUUCUCCUCCUGUACAAGAUCACAGUGGCGAUCAAACGGAUGUGUUGUCUGAACAAGCAAAGAAUACGCAGAAGCAGCCAGUAUCCAGUGAGUCAGGUGAGAGGAGAACUCAGGGGCAACAAGAACAGAUAAAGGAAACCACACAAGGUACUCAACAAGAUGACCACAAUACAGAAACAAAUGCCACAGGUACAACAAGUACUGAAUCCCAUUUUACUGCUGACUCAAAACCACAUCCUACUACAGACGCAACACCUAGUGAAAUAACUCAAUCUGGUCUAUCUAUUGAUGAUUCAAACACACUAAAUAACACGAGCACAGAGCCCAACAGUACCACUGAUAAUGUGACAACGGCAGAGAAUGAAUCAACAAAUGGUGUCGAUACUGUGGGUGCAUCAGCAGAAGGGAAAACCACAGCAACCACGAUCUCUGUUACUCUCAAUACCACCAGUAAUGAGGACUCAACCUCACCUGCUACCAACACAAGUACAAUUCCUCCUGUCCCUGAAAUCAGCAAUAACACCAUAAUGCCCAAUGUGAGGGGUGAUGCAGACAGCAGCGGUAUCAGUUCUGUGUGGGUGCGUGUACCACUACUGAUUGUAGUUACACUGACCUGUAUUCUUGUGUGCUGA